AUGGCGGACGAAGUUACCCUUGCGCAAUACCUCUUUCUCAGACUGCACCAGCUCGGAGUACGAAGUGUUCAUGGCGUUCCUGGAGAUUACAACUUAGUUGCCCUGGAUUAUGUUGAACCUUCAGGGCUACACUGGGUUGGUAAUGCCAAUGAACUCAAUGCUGGAUAUGCAGCCGAUGGCUAUGCAAGGAUCAAAGGAAUGUCAGCAUUGAUGACUGCAUUUGGGGUUGGAGAAUUGUCCGCUCUCGAUGCUAUUGGCGGAGCAUAUGCAGAGAAAGCCCCGGUGGUUCACAUUGUUGGCGUCCCAUCAACUGCAUCCCAGGAUCAGGGUCUCUUUCUACACCACUCAUUUGGAGACGGAAAUUUCCGCCUGAAUGCAGAAAUCUACGCGAAGUUUACAUGUGCUCGGGCGAACUUGAGAAAUGUAGAAACCGCCCCUGCUUUGAUCGACGAGACUCUACGGCAAUGCUUGCUCCAAAGCAAACCUGUCUAUAUCGAACUGCCUACGGACUUGGUCAAGGCCCGUAUUCCAACUGCAAAGCUUGAAAAAGCAAUUGAUCUGUCUGUUCCUCCAAAUGAUGCAGUUAUUGAGAAUGCUGCCAUUGAAGAUAUCCUCAGGCGCUUGUACGCUGCCAAACAGCCCUUCAUUAUUGUUGACGGUCUUGCCCCUCGGUAUGGAAUAAGUUCCGAGGCAGAUGAGCUCGUUCGUGUUACUGGAUUCCCUACAUCAACUACGCCUUUUGGAAAAGGAGUCAUCAACGAGACAUACCCCAACUUUCAUGGUAUCUUCGCAGGAGCCGCCGGCAAGGAGAUUUAUAUGCCCUGGGUAAACUCCUGCGACCUUAUCGUCCGCAUUGCACCAUUGAAUGCAGACACCAAUAGCUACGGCUUCACAACAUUGACAAACCGCAACGUGACCAUUGAGGUGGACCACAAUGGGGUCGAGGUUUGUGGGGCUCUUUAUCGCAACCUGAACAUCAAAACCCUCUUGCGGAAACUGCUUGAUCGUUUGGAUACAUCGAGGCUCCCGCGGCUGAGCCCGUACCCGGACCUUGGAGAUCCCAAACGGCUGCUCGAUCAACUAGCUGAGCCAGCCCGCGAUGCAGUUAUUGACCAAGAGACUUUCUGGCAACGAAUUUCAAAAUUCUUCCGCUCAGGCGACAUUGUUAUGACCGAGACCGGCACCUCCUCUUCCGGUGGAAGAGACUUCGUUUUGCCUCCGCAGACAACAGUGAUCAAUUCUGCUCUCUGGCUUUCGAUCGGGUAUAUGCUUGGCGCAUGCAGCGGUGCGGCCCUGGCUCAACGCGAGAUGAUCUCCGCAAAGAGCCGUCCGAACGGUCGAACAAUUCUGUUCGAGGGUGACGGCAGUCUCCAGAUGAGUGUGCAGGCCAUUGGCGAUAUUAUUCGCAACCGUCUUGACGUAACUAUCUUCGUGAUCAACAACGAUGGCUACACCAUUGAACGCUAUAUCAACGGAAUGCACGCCGGGUAUAACUGGGUCCAGCCCUGGCGGUAUCUGGAGUCUGCGCGGUACUUUGGUGCCCCCGAGAACGAUCCCGAGUAUCCGGUGUUUAAUAAGCGAGUCGAAAAUUGGGGUGAGUUGAUGGAUGUUGUGCAAGAUGAGCAGUUGAAAGCUGGCAAGGGCUUCAAUAUGGUGGAAGUCGUCAUGGAUAAAGAAGACGCACCGUCUUCUUUGAAAAAUCUUGUGCGAAUGGCGGCGAAGAGAAAUGAGGGAGGUAGUGAAACUUCACCGGCACAUCAAGAGUUAGAGCAGAGGGUUAUGGCGACGUCGUGA